AUGGUGAAUGUGAAAGUGGAGUUUUUGGGCGGAUUGGAUGCUAUUUUUGAAAAGCAGAGGGUGCAUAAAGUCACCGUGGACAAAGAGGAUCCUGUAACAGUGGGUGACUUGAUUGAGCAUAUAGUGUCCACCAUGAUUAAGAAUCCCAACGACGUCAGUAUUUUCAUCGAAGAUGACUCUAUAAGGCCCGGCAUCCUCACAUUAAUCAACGAUACUGAUUGGGAGCUCGAAGGUGAAAAGGACUGUGUCUUGGAAGAUGGCGAUAUCGUCUCUUUCACUUCCACGUUGCACGGUGGCUAA